CUGACAGCUGAGGGCAGAGUACAAAUCAAACAGGCCGCCUGCAGCUGUGUAACUUUGGUGUUUUGUCGUCGUUAUGAACAGAUUACAAAUCAUUUCGGGCCACCUGUGUCCCUCCGGCUUUUCCGGCUCCUCCGGGCUCAGCCGGGAUGUGUGGCGGACGGAGUGCGGCUCAGCGGGCAGCAGCGGCCCGGAGGACGUGCUGGUUGUUCACGGACGGAGGAGCGCUGUGGGCAAAGCUAAGAGAGGAGCCUUUAAGGACACCACGCCUGACGAGCUGCUGAGUGCAGUCAUGACAGCUGUGCUGACAGAUGUUGGACUGUCAGCCGACAAACUGGGAGACGUUUGUGUCGGUAACGUGCUGCAGCCCGGUGCCGGUGCUGUGAUGGCCAGAGUGGCUCACUUCCUCAGUGGGUUUCCAGAGACGGUGCCCGUCUACACCGUCAACAGACAGUGCUCCUCCGGGCUGCAGGCUGUGUUUAACAUAGCAGGAGCCAUCAGGAGCAGAUCCAUUGACCUGGGCCUCGCAUGUGGAGUGGAGAGCAUGUCUCUGCGUGGGAUGGGAGACCCUGGAGAUUUGAGCUCCAGGCUGACGGACAACGACAAGGCCCGAGACUGCCUCAUCCCAAUGGGCAUCACCUCAGAGAACGUGGCAGAGAAAUUUGGCGUCUCCAGAGAAAAGCAGGACGCCUUCGCUCUCAGUUCUCAGCAGAAAGCGGCCCGGGCUCAGAGCACAGGAGUGUUUGACCAGGAGAUCGUUCCCGUCACCACCAGGUUUGUGGACGACGAGGGGAAGGAGCGUGAGGUGACGGUCACUAAGGAUGAUGGGAUCAGAGCGGGAACGACUCUGGCAGGACUGCAAAAACUCCGGCCGGCCUUCAAACCUGACGGCAGCACCACAGCAGGUAACUCCAGCCAGGUGAGUGACGGAGCAGCAGCCGUGCUGCUUGGUCGCAGGUCUGUGGUCGAGGCUCUGGGUCUGCCCGUCCUAGGAGUCCUGAGGGCCAGCGCAGUGGUGGGUGUUCCUCCAGAUCUGAUGGGGAUUGGACCAGCAUUCGCCAUCCCUGCAGCUCUGCAGCAGGCGGGACUCACUGUGGCUGAUAUCGACGUGUUUGAAAUCAACGAGGCCUUUGCCAGUCAGGCCGUGUACUGUGUGGAGAAACUGGGGAUCCCGCUGGAGAAGGUGAAUCCUAACGGAGGAGCCAUCGCUCUGGGUCACCCUCUGGGCUGCACCGGAGCUCGACAGGUGGUGACGCUCCUCAACGAGCUCAAACGCAGAGGCCGAAGGGCGUACGGCGUCGUGUCCAUGUGCAUCGGGACUGGAAUGGGAGCAGCUGCUGUGUUUGAAUACCCCGGACCGUAGGAGCCAACUCAAGACUGUCGCUGUGAUUCAAAGCCCCUUUCAGACAUGACCGGUAAUCUGCCUUCUUCAGACCGUCUGCACAGCUCAGGUGUGAUCAGUUACAUUUACACAAGAUCAUGAUAUUUACACAGUAUGGCCACCGACUACAAAAGACCAGUUGUCUGCAGGCUACCAGAGCUGCUUUGGUCAGAUUCGGAAACCAAGAGCUGGUGUCUCUCUUUACUGUCCAAGAAGGGUGAAAAGAUCCAGUGUAAAGUGAAAACACCGAUCCACAUCACCAUCUCAAAGAUAUGCCUUAUUGUGAAAUUCCAAAGGCGCGUUUGUGUCACUAACACAUGACGCCAGGCAGAUAAUGACAAGCAGCCAUGACAAAGACAAUGAGGAUAUUUACUUUCCUCUCAGGAAUAAAUCAUUGGGGGAUUUUGGAGAAAAGAGGGUCAACAGAAGAUCAUGCUAUAUGCACACAGUGCUGCCAUGUGAUUAAAAUACUCAUACAGGCUGGAAUUAAACCGCACUGUUCUGCCGCAGGAUGCAGUGACUUAAACCAACAGUGAGUAAGAAGUAGAAAUAAUAAAUGGAAUUCAUUAGGCUGUCAGUAGAGGAAAACUCUGCUAGCUGCUAGGCUAAUUUAUGUAAAGCUGAACUUUGACAGUUAUUAGCAAGCCAAAUUUUAUACUUUUGUUAAAUCUGUAAAGCAAUGCGUUAUGUCUUAGUGGAGUCAAUUUAAAGUAGGUUAAAGGGUUUUUUGUCUUCGCACCAGUGUCCUUUUUCAAUUGUGCUCAAUGAAGAGCAAGCGUAUGCAGCUGCCUGGAGAAAAGGCGUCGCACCCAGCGUCUUUUUCCAGAGCCCUCCGCAUUUUUUUGCAGCCGCUCCGAGCGCUUUAAGUUGAAAAUCUCUAACUGUCGCAACACAGAUAGAAAAGGUCAUUUUGUGGGAGCAGAUCGGCGGCAUACACUACAUGUCGCUGGUGAGGGUUGUGCUGUUAUCACCAUAGGCUUCGUAAGCUUGAAGUUGACCGUGUAGUCAACCCUCUGUUAGUGUAGCGUUAUUUUAGCUAACUGGCUAAUGUUAGUGUCAAGAUAUUGUUGUCAUAGAAACAAAACCCACAUGCAGCACAUCAUUUAAACAAUCAGCAGUAGUGUUUGUUUAUGAGGCGCUUGGAUAAAGUCCUCCCAGCACUGCAGUGCUUUUCUGCUGGAAAAAAAAGACACUAUGUGGACUCUGUGCAGCGUCUUCUCUGACCAAUCAUCUCAUAUCUAUUGCAGGCCCGAAUCAAAAUCGUAUCGUGGCAGAUUUAGCAAACAUCGUAUCUUCUAAAGAAUCCAUAAAAUAUUGUAUGGUGAUACUACAGCCAAUGAAACAACAAGCUUAAAGGACAGCCUCAAAUUAUUAUAAAAUAAGUCAGGUGCACACAGGAACACUGGAACAGGUUUUGCUUGUUGUAAAUAUUCCUCCCAUUUCUCUUGGACAAUAACAGAUCCCUUCCUCAUGCAGUUUCAAAUAUGUCUUUACAGGUUAAGUAUGACGUUUUCUCUGUGUAGUUAAAAAACAGAAUUAAAAUUCAUACUAAACAGACUUGUCUAAGUGUCUAAUUCAGACUCCUGAAGUGUCAGAUAAACUUUGGAAUACAUUUUUUGCAGAGAAAGAGGACUGUCGAUUUUGUCCCUUUUUACUUACACUGAAAUAAAGAGAUCAAUUAAUGUCCAGUAUGAACAGGAGGACAGAUUACAGCAAGGAAAAGCUGCUCCGGUGUUCAUAUGUUUACCUGACUGCUGCUUUAAGACAGACUUUAAAAUCUGUUAACCUGUUUUUUAAGCUUGUUAUCUCACUGGAAGGCACAAAAGAUCGGCAGCUCUUCCUUUCAGCACCAGACCAAAUUCAAACCACUUUUAAUUAAUGAGCUCAUAAAAGUAUCAAGUUCUGGUCUUUUGUUAUCGGUGGCCAUGCUGUGUAAAAACAUUAUCGUGUGUAUGAUUACUGGCAGUGUAACUGAUCACACCUGGGCCAUGUAGAUAAUGUAAUAAACCCGUCCUUUAGCGUCACGCUGCUGUAAACAUGUCACCUCAUACACAGGUUUCUCACCUAAUGCCAAAGGCAGCAUGUUGUGAAAGCAUUACUAUGUUCAUAUUAGUACACACUGGUCCUAAUACUUAAACAGAGUCAGCAUGAAGCUCAAACAGCUGUGACUCAACAGAUAAAUCAACUCAGCAGUGUGAAAGGUUUAAGUCUGAAAGGGGCUCCAGAGAUUAGACUCAACCUUUAAAUCAAUCUGUCACUGGGCGAAUGCUGCUGCACUUUAGCUGUUAAUACUUGCAUAGAAGAAAUAUUUCAAACAGCAGCUGAUUAAGUGCCUUUGAUUUUAUGUUGCUCAUCAAAACACUGAUUUAUGCUGCUUUAAUUCUUUAAGUGAAACAGGUAAAUAUGGGCAGGAGGAGAGGUGAGCUGUGGGAUGAAGGACUGCAGACGACAGUUACUGUUUUCUGUAAACAAGGUACAAAUAUUUCAUGCAGUCCUGCUGCCAUAUGGAAAAUUAUUUGCACUGUAGCAGCAUGAACUUAAAGGCCACCGUAGUUCACAGCUCCUCUACCCCCACUUAGAUAUAAAAAAGCCUUUUGUUUUUUAGCAGCAUUAAUCAGGAGUUCAUGUGUGUAACGAUACUAAAGUUUUACUGUAGGUUUCUAAGGAUGUUGUGACCACAGUACUUUCUGUCAAAUCUAAGGACCAAUCCCAAACAGCCAUUUAGUCUGUAAAUGAAUGUAGUCCUGAUUAAUAACACCUCUUCAUGAGGCGCUGUGCGUUUGUGAGACAUCAUUAGCAUCAUCUACGGCUGAGAAAUGUUCACAUAACCAUGCUGCUCUGUGAGCUUUAUCCACAAAACUGUUACCGAAAUGUGAACAAAGAGUCAGGAAUUUCUCACAGCAAACUUCAAGCCAGCUGUCAGAGAUCUAUUUAGCAGUCAGUACUUGUCUUCAGGGAGAGCUUUGUGACUCAGAAUAUUUCAGGAACAAUUUGAAAAUGUACAUUUUACUGCUGCAGACGACAAAAAAAGAAAGGAAAUGUUCAGGAUGUCUGGAUCAAGAUACUGAGUCCUAUAGAACUGAACAUCUGCAGAUUUAGAGUCAGAUGCGAUUCUUUAAUUAACCUAAAUGUCAGUCAUUGAACCAAUCAGCUAUCAGCGAGAUAACGAUAAGUCUCUGGGUGCAACCAGGCCCCCAGGAAGUGCGCCGGGCUUUAUGCUAUUGAUGCCAUUGGGCCGAAAAGACUUUUCCCAUAGACUUAACCUGACGUUUUGUAAAUCAAUAGAUAUAAUUUUUGAGAGCACAGCCCCUGAAAAAAAGACUUGUUUCACUAUGAGGAUGUGGGGACAUUUGGAAAAUCUAUAAGAGCCUCACGAUUAAAUCAUUGUAUCUCCAUUCAAUUUAGCAAAGCACUGCACGGCGGACAUUAGCAGCUCUGCGACGCUCGGCCACCGCAAAUCUCUAGGUCGCUUGCUCCGUGGGCCCCACAGUAUGAAAGAUUUUUUGCCUUCAUGCACUACUGAGAAACUUUCAUAGGAUUGAACGGGGCCCCGCCUUAAACGCUGUAUCUAGAUCUCUUUAUACAUCCAAGGCUUCCUCCUCUGUGUGCUCGUCUUUGUUUACAGUCCAAUUGGCAAGUUGAGAGGCCACAUACAGAUUCAUGAUGCUCUGUAAACCGUUAUUUGCAUAUGAAUGCAGAUAAAUUAGGAACAAACUUGCUGAGUUGUCGUCAAACAAUUGCUGACGGGUUCAAGGACUGCAUUUCUGCCAUACUUUCCGCCUCUUGUUGUUCUCACGGUAGGGUCAGGUAGCUAACUCUGUACUUUUAAGAGUACCAACCGAAUUACGUUACGAGCACUGAUUCGCGUUAAUCAAGUUUCAGUACCUCAAGGUGCUUCUGGGUGAGACAGUGAGCCACGUCCCGACUGGAGCUGAUGGCGGUUACUCAAAACAGUGGAGCAGAAUCCUUCCCAUUGGAAAUUACAUUUGUGCUAUUACAGAGAAAGUAAAGUACUGGCCAAAGUUAGUGUUUGGUUCAAAUGUGAACAGUACCCAGCCCUACCACAUGGACUAUUUAAGGUUGGGUACUGUUAAAAUUUGAACCUAUACCGGAACCAACACUUCCUUGUUUUUUAGUACUGUAAAUGUAAAACAAAAUGUAAUUUUGCUAUGAAAUCCUGCUCAAAGGUGAUCUUUCAAUACUCAUCAGAUGAAAGCCAGCAUGCACCUGAUACCAAAAUCUUGUCCCGUUGCAGACAGAUUCAGCAUACAUUUGCAGAUUAUGAUUAUGUAUCUAACUCACUGUAAUAACAGUCAUAGCUAAUUGAUUUGAAUACUGAAACUUUGUUUAUUAAAUUUAAAAGCUCAUUAUUAAUGUAAUAAUAAUAAUAAAAGAUAAGUUGGAAUAAUACAACUUCUAUAUUUAAUGUGACGCGACCUGCUAGAGAGAGGAUGUCUCAUUCUGUUGGAGUUGUUGAACUGGAGAGGAUGAUACUGAACUGAGACGUGCAUACAGACCCCGAAGGCAGCCGUCGGAGAGAAUUCAAUGUGCCGAAAUAUGCCGCUAAAAAAUAUAUAAAAAUAAAUCUUUCCCCGAUAGUGACGUGCAGAUUAUCUGUACAUGACUCGUGUGACAGCUCUGCACCACUUGAGAACCUGAUUCUUACCAAAGAGCAAAUUCAAUAAAGUACGAAAACACUGGUGAAUGGCCCAAUUUUUUUUUAAAAUCGCUCGAACGCGGCACAUAAAAAGGCCCAAUUUAUCACUGUUAUGAUCUACAUUAACUUUUGAAUAACUGUAGACAUUUGUAAAACUGAAUUGUGAAUAAUGUCUUUACAUAACUGAUUUUCUAUGUGUAAAAAUAAAACGUUUCAACAGGA